AUGGUGAAUCCAUCCAUUGUUGGAGUCCUGUACACAGAUUUACAAGGACUCAAUCUGGGCUGUCACCGAACCCAGUCUGAUGAGCAUGCCGGGGUGAUAUCUGUUCUUGCCCAGCAAGCAGCUAAGCUAACCUCAUACCCCACUGAUAUUUCUGUGGUGUGUCUAGAAUCAGAUAAUGGGAAUGUGAUGCUGCAGACACACGAUGGCAUCCCAGUGGCAGUGUGCUAA